AUGGAAGUUCUGACGCUGGAUGAUGUAUACUAUACCCGGAAAGAAGGGCCACAAAAGUCGGUGGUGAAAAUGGCAACUUCUGGAAUAGGUAUAAAGGUGCAAGGAGUUGCAGAAAUCACAACAAUAACAGCAGACGAGAUAAAGGAAAUUGUAGAGCACUACGGAGUGAUUGACCACACUGUAAAAAUAGUGAGAAAGAACGGGACAGUAUGCAUACUGGACGGAGUUACUGCCGAGCACCUGGAGAACAUAAAGCAGUAUGCAAAAAAACACUACAAGCUAAACAUCUACCACAAGGCUCUUUCCGUUGAGGGAGGCGUGCACGGGCAGAUAGAAGUGCAGAACACUUCCCUGGAGUUUAAGGCACAGGAUAGAGCAAUAUUUGACGUACCGCUCGGGCUUAUCUCUAAUGCAUACGAGAGAAAAGGCGAAGGCAUCAUAGAUAUAGACGAAACAUACUUUGGAGUCUCUGAAAUACGGUUUGGCUGUCUCAAAGAGGAGAGCAAUGUGCUGCAGCUGAUUGAGCUGAUAAAAAGCUCCUCUGCGGGAAGCGACCAGCUAGAGGUCUUCUCGAUUGACGAAGUUGCAUGCAUCCUCCCCAGAGGAAAGUCCAAGCUCUCCCUCACGGCUACGUGCAUGUAUUUAAUUGGGAAAAGAUACAGCCACCAAAUGCUGUUCAGCAGCAUCACCCGAAUGUUCUACCUUGAAAGAAGCAUGGAAGAAGGCGUUGAGGAAAUGUCGUAUCUUAUAUUCGAGCUGAGCACACCGGUGCGCCAGGGACAGACAAGGUACCACUUUGUGAACCUUCUCCUUCCAGAGGACAAGAUAAAAGCGACUCUGGGGAAAAACUCUACAAUUCUGUACGCUGACGAGGAGGAAGAGCUUCCCGUGCACGAAGAGGACAAAGAAAAAAUUGAAGAGCUGGGUCUUAAGUACGUGCAGGAAGGGAGUCUCUCUGAGUGUGUAGUGGGAAUGGUUGAAAAGCUCUCAGGCAUAAACUCGAUCCACACAGGGACAUUCACCACAUCCACGGGAAGCAAAGCGCUUAAGUGCUCACUGAAGGCUAAUGAAGGCUUCCUGUAUCCGCUGAAGAAAGGCUUCCUCUUUGUGCCGCAGAUUGCAUACAUUGAGUACGAUUUGAUCAAAACAGUUGAGUUUAGCAGAGUAAAUCUGAGCUCAAGGACCGCAAAGACCUUCGAUGUUAGAGUUAUUAUGCAGGACAAAAAAGAGUAUAUGUUCAACAGCAUUCAAAAGGUGGAAUACAACGCACUGGAGGCGUACCUUACAAAGAAAGAAGUGCACUGCCUGAACGAAGUUGUCAAUGAAGUGUGGACUGGCACUAAUUCAGGUGAUGACGACGAAGAGACAGCAAGCGAUGAAACAAGCGAAGAGCUCUCUGAGGAAAGUGACCCUGAGACAGAGCAAAACUCUGAACAAAACACAGAGCAGGAUUCAGAGCAGAAUUCAGAACAAAACAAUUCAGAGUCAGAAGAAUAG